AACUUCUCCGAUUUUUUUCUUCCCAAAAAUUAUAUAAAAAAUGAGAUUUCGUCUACUUCUAACGAUUUCGAUCAUCUUCUUCUUCACAGUGAAUCCAAUCUCAGCCAAAUUCUACUCUAACGUCUCUUCAAUUCCACCGUUACAAUUCCUAAACGCAACACAAAACGCAUGGGAAACAUUCUCAAAACUUGCCGGUUGUCACAUCGGAGAAAAUAUCAACGGUCUCUCAAAACUCAAACAAUACUUUCGCCGUUUCGGUUACAUCACCGGAACCAAUAAUUGCACAGACGAUUUCGAUGACGUGCUUCAAUCCGCAAUCAAUACUUACCAGACUAAUUUCAAUCUCAAAGUCACCGGAAAACUCGAUUCGUCGACUCUCCGGCAAAUUAUCAAACCGAGAUGCGGGAAUCCGGAUAUGAUCGACGGAGUUUCUGAGAUGAACGGUGGAAGAAAGCUUCGUACGACGGAGAGGUACUCGUUUUUCCCCGGGAAGCCACGGUGGCCGAAACGGAAACGAGAUCUGACUUACGCGUUUGUGCCGCAGAACAAUUUAACCGACGAUGUGAAACGCGUGUUUGCACGCGCCUUCACGCGUUGGGCGGAGGUGACUCCGUUGAAUUUCACGCGCUCUGAGUCUCUCCUCGGAGCUGAUAUAGUGAUCGGAUUUUUCUCCGGUGAACAUGGAGAUGGUGAGCCGUUUGAUGGAGCUAUGGGGACAUUAGCGCACGCUUCAUCUCCUCCUACGGGGAUGUUACAUUUAGACGGUGAUGAGGAUUGGUUGAUCUCUGAUGGUGGAAUUAGCCGUCGGAUAUUACCGGUAACGACGGUGGUGGAUCUUGAAUCGGUGGCGGUUCAUGAGAUCGGACAUCUUUUAGGGUUAGGUCACUCGUCGGUGGAAGAUGCGAUUAUGUUUCCGGCGAUUUCUGGUGGAGAUCGGAAAGUGGAGUUAGCGAAGGAUGAUAUUGAAGGGAUUCAGCAUUUGUACGGUGGAAAUCCGAACGGAGACGGUGGUGUUUCAAAGCCUAGCCGGGAGAAUGAAUCUACCGGUGGCGCUGAUUCCAGUGGCGAUAGCGUUCGUCGGUGGAUUACUGUAAAGGAUACUCAACAAAACAGAGACAUGGGCUUCACUGAUCCACCAAAGCCCAUCAAGGAUUCAAAUGAUAAAGCCUCUUUAGACUCCAACGGUAACAGAGCAUCAUCACACAAACAAUGUGCUCAGCUCCUCCGUACAGUCAAAGCAGUCGCACCAGCUCAUCAUACAGCUCACACUAUGAUCCAAAUGAAGAAUAGAUUCGCUCCUCUUGGAUCUACCAUCAUAGCGCCGGUAAUACGAUCUAUGGCUACUGAUAUUUUUCCUUCCGCUCCUUUUUCUAUUGCUCAAGUUGUGACUCUCAAACUUACAGAGUCCAACUACUUGUUAUGGAAAACUCAAAUUGAGUCUUUUCUUGCACCACAAAAGCUACUGGGCUAUGUCAACGGUGCUAUCCCUCGUCCGCCAGCUACUGUGUUGGUUAACAAUGUUGAAUCUCCAAAUCCAGAGUUUACACGGUGGGUUCAGUAUGACCAGCUUGUUCUCGCUUGGAUCUUUGGUUCUCUGUCUGAAUCUGCUUUGAGAGUGGUCUAUGGGAUGCACUCUGCUCAUGAGGUAUGGUCUGCUCUUGCCAAAAAGUUUAAUAGAGUCUCUACUACUAGGAAGUAUGAUUUACAGAAAAAGUUAAGGUCUUGUCUUAAAUCUGGGAAAACUAUGGAAGAGUAUGUUGGUGAAAUGAAACAAGUGUUUGAUCAGCUUCACUCUAUAGAUUUUCCUAUGACUGAACAAGAAAAAAUCUAUGCUUUGCUAAGUGGUUUGGGAAAAGAGUAUGAGCCUGUAACUACUGUUAUUGAGCAUUCUAUGGACACGCCUCCUGGUCCUUACUAUGAAGAUGUGGUUUUCAAGCUCAUUGCUUUUGAUGAUAAGCAACAGAGUUACUCUUCUGCUCCUGAGGUCACUCCUCAUCUGGUUUUUCACACUGAAAAGAGCUACUAUGACAAAGGUGGUUCAAACAACAGGGGAGGACGCUUUGGUAAUCGAGGAAGAGGCAACUACUCUACAAAAGGUCGUGGCUUUCAACAACAUGGCAAUGGUCAGAACAGUGAUUCCUCUCGCCCAACUUGUCAGAUAUGCGGGAAAUAUGGUCACAGUGCUUUCAAGUGUUACAAUCGGUUCAAUGAAUCUUACUCUCAGCCAUCCCUACCAACUGCUAUGGCUGCUCUGAGAAUCUCUGAUGAAGAACAUCGCACUGGCAAUGACUGGCUCCCAGACACAGCAGCUACUGCACACAUCACCAACUCUGUCAAUAAUCUGCAGCAGUCUCAGCCUUAUCAAGGACAUGAUUCUGUAAUGGUUGGGAAUGGUGACUUCUUGCCAAUAACUCACAUUGGUACUAUACCCCUUCAGACACUGUCAGGUAAACCUCUGCCCCUUAAUGAUGUUCUUGUCUGUCCUGAUGUUGCUAGGAAUCUUCUUUCUGUUUCAAAGUUGUGCUCAGAUUACCCAUGCUCCUUUAAAUUUGACUCUGAUGGUGUGCGUGUAAAGGACAAGCAAACAAAGCAGCUCCUCACAGUCGGACGCAGGGAUAAGGAUCUCUAUGUGUUGGAAAAUCCUGCAUUCACAGCCUUCUAUUCAACAAGACAACACUCCACCAGUGAUGAAGUGUGGCACCAAAGAUUAGGGCAUCCACAUGCAGAGAUUCUUCAACACCUAUCUAGAACAGAAGCUAUAUCAGUGAAUAAACGCACCAACAAGUUGUGUGAGUCUUGCCAGCUUGGAAAGAGUGCUCAGCUUCCUUUUUCUUCUUCUACUUUUGUAGCUACAAAGCCUUUAGAGAGAUUACAUUGUGACUUAUGGGGACCUGCCCCAGUUUGUUCUUCUCAAGGGUUUAAAUACUAUGUCAUUUUCAUUGACAAUUUCUCUCGUUAUUGCUGGUUUUAUCCAUUGAAGAAUAAGUCUGAUUUCUACUCAGUUUUUCUCUUGUUCCAAACCUUUGUUGAGAAUCAGUUAAAUCAGAAAAUCAAGAUGUUUCAGUGUGAUGGGGGUGGUGAAUUUGUCAGUAAUCAAUUUGUUGCUCAUUUGGCACAAUGUGGGAUCAAGCAGUUAAUCUCAUGUCCUCAUACGCCGCAACAAAACGGUCUUGCUGAAAGAAAGCACAGGCACUUAACAGAGUUAGGUCUCAGCAUGUUGUUUCAUGGGAAGGUUCCACAGCAGUACUGGGUUGAAGCCUUUUUUACUGCAAACUACCUGAGUAACCUGCUACCUACAACUGCUCACAAGCCUCUAAAGAGUCCUUUUGAAGCUUUGUUUAUGCAGAAACCUGAUUAUUCAGCAUUAAGGACGUUUGGAAGUGCAUGUUAUCCUACUCUGAGGGCUUAUGGUAAUAACAAGUUUGAGCCAAAGUCUCUGAAAUGCGUUUUCAUCGGCUAUAAUGAUAAAUACAAAGGUUAUCGGUGUGUCUAUCCUCCUACAGGUAGAGUUUAUAUUAGUAGACAUGUUAUUUUUGAUGAGCAGGUCUAUCCUUUUGCAGAAGAUUAUGCUCAGUUUCAUGCUGCAGCCAAGACCUCUAUUCUCUCAUCCUGGCAACAAGGUGCAUUGCCUCCACUGCAUACUCCAAAUUCAGUCUCACAAGGUAAUACUGAACCAGUUGAAAUCCCUGUUUCAGUGAUACCUCCAAUAACAAAUCCACAUCAGGAGCAUCCUACAAAUGCAGAACCUGCAAUUACUGUACCAGAUGCUACCUCUCCAUCAACAUCAAAUGCAGACACUUUGUUCACUGAUGCUGAUUUUCCUCCACUGCCACCACCUGUUGUCAAUGAACACUCUAUGGUCACCAGAGGAAAAGAUGGCGUCAGAAAGCCUAACCCUAAGUAUGCAAUGCAUACUACACCUGUCAUUGUCAAGGAACCCAAAACAGUGGCCUCUGCUCUCAAACAUCCCGGAUGGACCGCUGCAAUGGGUGAGGAAAUCGAGUCUUUUGUUGACACAAAGACUUUCUCUUUGGUUCCUUAUCAGCCAGAUAUGAACAUUCUUGGUUGUCGAUGGGUUUUCAGAACAAAACUUAAUGCCGAUGGUACUCUUGACAAGCUUAGAGCACGUCUUGUAGCCAAAGGCUAUGAUCAAGAAGAAGGUGUAGAUUUUCUUGAGACCUUCAGCCCUGUUGUGAGGACUGCAACGGGUUUCAUGAUCCAGAAAAUCCUGCUCAUGUUUGGAAACUACACAAAGCAGUCUAUGGCUUAAAACAAGCGCCAAGGGAAUGGUUUAAUAAGUUCAGUACCUUCCU